UCCUCAGCGAGCGCGCUUCCGCGGGUAACCGUCGCGCUGCGCACGCGGGCAAACGGGGGUCUCCCGUAGCGGGGGGCGGGGGGGAACAAAAAAAAAAAAAAAAGGUGUGCGUUUCCGUCGCGGAGGCGCGGCUCAACUCGGGCGCUCCGUGGCUGAAGGUCUGUCUCAAGUCGGCGACGCUUUUUCUCCUUUAUUCCCCCUCCGCUUCGUGGCGCCGAACAUCUGGGAGGGCGAUGGGAGCCUGAACCCCCCGCAGAGCCCGUUUCUUUUUCUAUAUGCUGCCUUAUUUGUAAAGGGCAGAGGCAGAGGCAGAGGACCAAGUUGUGGAAGAGCCCCGAUCGAUCGGGACGGGACGGGACGGGACGGGACGGGAGGCUCGCCGAGAUGAUGAUGAUGAUGAUGAUGGCUCCCUCCGCUGCCACUUUGUCGCUCCUCUAUCUCCUCAUCCUCACUGUGGCAACUGCCAUGGCCGCCAACGCCGAAGAGAGGCUGGUCAACUACCUGCUGGGCCCUGAGCGCUACAACAAGCUCAUUCGUCCCGCAGUCAACAAGAGCCAGCAGGUCACCGUCGCCAUCCAAGUGUCCCUGGCACAGCUCAUAAGUCUGAAUGAGAGGGAACAGAUCAUGACUACCAAUGUAUGGCUCACUCAGGAGUGGAAUGACUACCGGUUGAUGUGGGAUCCACAGGAGUACGAGGGCAUCCAGAAGCUCCGCAUCCCGUCCCAUCACAUCUGGCUACCGGACAUCGUCCUCUACAACAAUGCCGAUGGAACUUAUGAGGUCUCCUUCUACUGUAAUGCUGUGGUCUCCAACAACGGCGAUAUCUUCUGGUUGCCCCCAGCCAUCUACAAGAGCGCCUGCAAAAUAGAAGUAAAGGACUUUCCCUUUGAUCAGCAGAACUGCACACUCAAAUUCCGGUCCUGGACCUACGACCACACCGAGAUCGACCUCAUCCUCACGAGUGACUUUGCCAGCCGAGAUGACUUCACACCCAGCGGUGAGUGGGACAUUGUGUCACUGCCGGGAAGGAAAAAUGAAGACCCGAAUGACGCCACCUAUCUUGACAUCACCUAUGACUUUAUAAUCAAGAGGAAGCCUUUGUUUUACACAAUAAACCUCAUCAUCCCCUGUGUGCUCAUCACCUCGCUAGCUAUCUUGGUCUUCUACCUGCCCUCAGACUGUGGCGAGAAGAUGACACUGUGCAUCUCUGUCCUGCUGGCCCUGACUGUCUUCCUACUCCUGAUCUCCAAAAUAGUGCCCCCCACAUCACUGGCUGUGCCUCUUAUAGGCAAGUACCUGAUGUUCACCAUGGUUCUGGUGACCUUCUCCAUCGUGACCAGCGUGUGUGUGCUCAACGUACACCAUCGAUCACCCAGUACCCACACCAUGCCUGAAUGGGUCAAGAAGGUCUUCCUCCACAGGCUCCCUUCCUACCUCUUCAUGAAGAGGCCUGGCAGCUCAAACGUACGCGAGAAGUUCCGGCGGAAGCAGCAGCAGAGGUCCCACUCCGACCUGAAGCCUGGGAAGGCCGAGGCGGAGUCUUUCUACGUCAACGAGGAAUCGGCAAAGAAGUAUGGCUGGAAGAUCAGCGACCUUCCUGAAAACACAGAGUUCAGGAAGAGGAUGACCAUUAAGUGCAAUGCAGAUGUGCAGGAGGCUGUGGACGGGGUGCGCUUCAUCGCUGAGCACAUGAAGAGCGAAGAUGACGAUGAAGGCAUAAUCGAGGACUGGAAGUACGUGGCCAUGGUGAUCGACCGCCUCUUCCUGUGGAUCUUUGUCUUGGUGUGUGUGGUGGGAACGGCGGGACUCUUCAUGCAGCCGCUCUUUCAGAGCUACAACACACCCGCCACCAGCGAAGUGUAAACACGCUGUGGCUACAGUUCAACCUGGUUGCGAAAACACAGAUCCCUCCUCAAGAGACCGAAAAAUCACACACCCAGAAGAAACUCAGGACUUCUUUCGCCGGCACUCUUCAUUUCACUCUUUUUUUGGUUCUAAAUAUAUCCUAAGUUACUUACUGUCAAAUCACAAUGUACUAAUUACAUAAUAUCUGAUAAAUUAAGUUUCGUCUUGCAUGUAGAAUAUGGUGUUUAUUUAGUGUUGAGGGGUAAGGAGACUUGUGUUCAUGAUUUAUCUAUUCUUAGCCCAGAUUCGCAAGCGAAUGGGGUCAAGAUCAACAAAAUUGACAUCUCUGCUGUUACGGUGAGGUAACAAUCAUAAAGUUUGCUUUGGGAAGUAUGAUGACCUGCAAAGCUGUGACUUAGCAAGGUGUGAUAACAUAUGUUUAAACAAAAAAAAGAGAAAUCAUACAGUACGUCAGUCUUUAGACACCAAAGCAAUAAAAUACACUGUUUAUCACAUCAUAGGAAAACCUUUUUUCUCAUUUGUUUUUUAGAAAUGUAUUUUUUUAGACAAUAUGCAUUUUGAAUUGACUAAAUGAUUCAGAUGCCAGUAAAUAAAUCUAUGGAGCCCUCUCUGGCUUUAUAACUUUUUCGGGAGGUCGAUUUCUCAAGCAGUUUUUAUUAGCUUAAUGACUACAGACUGAAGGGAGCAGCAAUACGGUAGACUUUUUCUAGAAGACCAUAUCAACUUGCAGAUUGGAGCGGAGAAGGAUGCUUGCUGGAUGAGCCGUUGUCAAUGCCAGUACUUUUUACGCACUCCGGUUGUGUUCUCGUACCUUUCUCACUAAAUGGCAGGUUGGCAAAGGCGCCACUUUGCUCGUCCUGCAGAAAUCUCUGUAAGUAUGCGCGCACGGCGUCUUCUCGUGCCACGUCUGUUCAUAAUUUCACGACCGAAACGACCGUCGCUUCCGCCGCUCAGCAGGAAGGUUUCUGCUGAAGACGUGUCCGAGCUGAAGUCGGUCUGUGAUGUUUCUUUUUGUGAAGAAUGUGGUGUUGCUUUUUUUCCCCUCCCAGUUUUCUUAUUUUCAUUGCCUGGGUAGGAAAUGAAUGCAUACUUGA